UGACGGUCCGAGAGGCGCGGGAGAAUGGGGGAAGAAUGGCUUGAAGCGGCGUGAUGGAGGUCUGAAAUAUAUAAGAUAGGGCAGAGUCGCCGCGUUCCUUCCAACUGCCCCCGCUGCUCAAGUCCCUUCUCUAUCUUGAAGCCUCAGCUGCUAAGACGGUUAUCUAUCCUCCCGUCUCUCUAUCCGUUCACACAGCCAACUUGAAGUUUUGAACUGUCCACCAUGUCUCUUCCCAAGGGCUUCAAGUGGGGCUUCGCCACCGCUUCGUACCAGAUUGAGGGCUCUACUACUGAGGAUGGCCGUGGGCCGUCUAUCUGGGACACCUUCUGCGCCAUUCCCGGCAAAAUUGCCGACGGCAGCUCGGGGGCUGUGGCCUGCGACUCGUACAAGAGGACCAAGGAGGACAUUGACCUGCUCAAGUCGCUCGGUGCCACCGCCUACCGUUUUUCGAUCUCGUGGUCACGCAUCAUCCCGCUCGGCGGCCGUAACGACCCCAUCAACCAAAAGGGCAUCGACCACUAUGUCAAGUUCGUUGACGACCUCCUCGAGGCCGGCAUCGAGCCCUUCAUCACCCUCUUCCACUGGGACCUGCCCGAUGCGCUAGACAAGCGCUAUGGCGGCUUCCUCAACAAGGAGGAGUUCUCGGCCGACUUUGAGAACUACGCCCGCGUCCUGUUCAAGGCCAUCCCUAAGUGCAAGCACUGGAUCACCUUCAACGAGCCGUGGUGCUCGUCCAUCCUGGGCUACAACUCGGGCUACUUUGCUCCGGGCCACACGUCGGACCGCAGCAAGUCGCCCGUCGGUGACAGCGCCCGCGAGCCCUGGAUCGUCGGCCACAACAUCCUCAUUGCUCACGGGAAAGCCGUCAAGUGCUACCGCGAGGAGUUUAAGCCCACGCAGGGCGGCGAAAUCGGCAUCACCCUGAACGGUGACGCCACCCUACCCUGGGACCCCGAGGAUCCGCUCGAUGUCGAGGCCUGCGACCGCAAGAUCGAGUUCGCCAUCUCGUGGUUCGCCGACCCCAUCUACUUUGGCCACUACCCGGAGUCGAUGCGCAAGCAGCUGGGCGACCGGCUGCCGACCUUCACGCCGGAGGAGGUGGCGCUCGUCAAGGGCUCCAACGACUUCUACGGCAUGAACCACUACACGGCCAACUACAUCAAGCACAAGAAGGGCGUGCCUCCCGAGGACGACUUCCUGGGCAACCUGGAGACGCUUUUCUACAACAAGAACGGCGACUGCAUCGGGCCCGAGACGCAGUCCUUCUGGCUGCGCCCGCACCCGCAAGGGUUCCGGGACCUGCUCAACUGGCUCAGCAAGCGGUACGGGUACCCCAAGAUCUACGUGACCGAGAACGGCACGUCGCUCAAGGGCGAGAACGACAUGUCGCUCGAGCAGAUCGUCGAGGACGACUUCCGCGUCAGGUACUUCCACGACUACGUACACGCCAUGGCCUUGGCCCACGCGGAGGACGGCGUCAACGUCCAGGGCUACAUGGCCUGGUCGCUCAUGGACAACUUUGAGUGGGCCGAGGGCUACGAGACGCGCUUUGGCGUGACGUAUGUGGACUACGCCAACGACCAGAAGCGCUACCCCAAGAAGAGCGCCAAGAGUCUCAAGCCGCUGUUUGACAGCCUGAUCAAGAAGGAGUAGAGUUGGGUGGUUUGGGCGGUUGGUGGGAGUUAUCUGGGGUUUGCUGUUAUGAUCGAGCGACGAUGGUUCAUCAUUCAUGUUCGGGCGUCAACGUCUGCUGACCAUUUCGCUUCUUUCCCUCAUGCGGCAAUCGUCUGGAUGUUGUGACUUUAAUGGGUCAAGUCUUCCAUCUGUUCAAGGAAGCCGGAAGG